AUGAAAUCACCUGUUCGAAAAGAAAAGAAACAUCAAACUCAUAAUCCUUCUUCUUAAUAAGAUUAAUUUUAAUAGAAAUUACUAUAUCCAGGAUAGAUUAUAGCAGGAAGAUUUAAAUUAAUUGAGAAAGUAGGUCAAGGUAGUUUUGGAUCAAUUUUUAAGACUGAAAAUAUAGAGACAGGUGAAAUAUGUGCAUCUAAAUUUGAGAAAAGAGAAUCAACAAAAAAUAAUAUGAGUUUAUUAGUGAGGGAAAUAAAGAUUUUAUUGGAAUUGAAAGGGAUUGCAGGUAUUAAAUUGCAUUAUGGAAGGAUUUCCAUAGAUUCUACAUUACGGAAGAGAUGAGAAUUACAAUUUCUUCAUGAUUACAUACUUGGGUUAGAAUUUAGAGUACUUAAUUAGAAAAACCAAGAAGUUCUCAUAAAUAAAUUGUCUAAGGAUAGGAUUACAAUUAUUAGAAAGAUUAGAAUAAUUACAUUAAAAGAAUUUGAUUCAUAGAGAUUUGAAACCAGAAAAUAUAGUAAUUGGAUGGUAAGACAUUGAUGUUGUAUAUUUAAUUGAUUUUGGAUUGUCAAAAUAUUAUAAAGAUAAUCAUGGAAAUCAUAUUCCUAUGAUUGAGAAAAAAGGUAUAAUAGGGACUGCUAGAUAUGCAAGUAUUGGAGCACAUUUAGGUGAGAAAUCUUAAAUGUAAUUUUAGGUAGAGAGUAAUCAAGAAGAGAUGACUUGGAAUCCUUGGCAUAUGUACUCAUUUAUCUGAAUAAAGGGAAAUUACCAUGGAUGAAUUUACCUAUCCAAGAUAAAUCAAUAAAAUAUAGCAAAAUACUUGAAUAAAAAUAAUCUAUUUCUCAUGAGAAAUUAUGUGAUAAUCUACCUAAGUGCUAUUAUUUAUUAUUAUAACAUGCUAAAUCUAGAGAAUAUACUGAAUAACCUAAUUAUACAUAUAUUAAAGAGUAAUUUUAAAAAGCAUUAGGUGAUUUAGAGUAUAUUGACAAUAUCUCUUUUGAUUGGGAGAAAUUGCCUGAAUUAAAAUCUAAGAAAUCAAGAAGAUCUAAUUCAUAAAAAAGACCAAAUGAUAAAAAACCAAGGAUUUCUAUUACUAAAGAACAUUCAAUUAUUCAAGAAUCUAAAUAAUAAUAAUAUUAAUAAUAAUAAUAAUAAUAAUAAUAAUAAUCAAUAAAUCCAUUAUAAAUAAUCUAACAGACUCAACAGAAAAGUCAGGUAUCCUUUCUAAAUGUGCCUGAUCUAGACAGUUAAUCUCCAGAUAAGUAAUCUGGACUUGAAAGAAAAAGCAGAGGGGUAUUAUAUCAUUAAUCAUUCAGUAUUUAAGUAGAGGAAGUGCAGGAACUACUAGAUUGAUGAAUUAUGAUCUUAGUUAAAUUGAAGAAGAUGAAAAUGAUGGAGACAAUUAAAACCAUACUCCAUUUAUUAAUGUAAAGAAAUAGAGAAAGGAUCUUAAAAGUUUUUCAGUCUUGUCUCAAAAUUAAGUAUUAAAAUUCACUACUUUCUGUAAACAAGCUGGUAAAACAGUUAGAGAAUAAUAAAUCGAAGAAGUCAAUUAAUUUUAUGGUUCUUUUGAUAAUUUAGAUCUUAUUGCCAAUGAUGAAAUCAAUAUCUAGAUUCACAAUAUUGGAGCUUUUUCAUUUAAAAAACAUUGA